GACCAGUGAUGGAGGCCCUCGCGCUCCUGCUGCUGCUGCUGCUCCUCGGCGACGCCAGCAGCCGCGACGUCAAAGCCGCCAACUGCGAUCUGGUCAUCACAAGCGACGCGGGGAAAAACGGCAGCGUGUCCUCACCAGGCUACCCGCAACCAUACCCUGCGCGCUCGCUGUGCCGCUACGAGUUCCAAGGACGCGGCAAGGAGCGCGUGCAACUUGUCUUCACCGAGUUCAACCUGUACACGGCCGGCGACGACGACCACAACUGCGAGUCGGCCGACGCGAUAAACGCGUACGUGCACAUGGAGGGUCGCUCCGAGAAGAUCGACACUUUUUGCGGCAGUCAGGUGCCGCUGCCCCUCAUGUCCAGCGGGCCGCGCCUCUCCCUCGAAUUCCGCGGCCUCGUGUCCUCGCGCUACGUCAGAGGAUUCAAGGCGCUCUACAGUUUCACUGAAAAUUUUGGCGUGACAGGGGGUCGGCAGUUGAUGGAGUACCCAUGUGCGUUCUCCUUCAACAGCACGGAAGGCGCCAACGGCAGUUUCUCGUCGCCCAACUACCCUGGCUACUACCCUAGGGACACCGAGUGCCACUACCUCUUCAAAGGACGACCUGGCGAAAGGAUACACCUGCAUUUUACUUACUUUGACGUCGAGGGCGUUUUGCCAUGCGAGGCAACAUCCGCCAGCGACUUCGUCGAGUUCUCCAACUACAUGGCCCAAGACCGCAAGUACUCGCGCUACUGCGGCCAGCUGCGUGAGUUCGACGUCGAAUCGGACAGACACUUCUUCCGCGUCACUUUUCGCUCAAACGACCGGCUCGACGGCACCGGUUUCCACGCCACUUUCCAGUUCCUCGAGCAGGAGGACACCAACACGGUUCGGCCAGUACGCACCAGUGCAACCUCAGCAGCCUCAGAUGAGGCGAUGCCCGGGUGUUUGCUGCUGGCCGCCCUUUUGCUCAAUGCCCCGUUCUACUAAUGAUAAGGGAUCACAAUCACUCACACUUCUCUCGCAGCAGCUCUACUUCAAUUAUGUAACGGACAACGCACUCUCAUAAUCCAAUCGAUUCACACAUUAUUAUUAUUGAACGCAAAAAAAUUACAUAAUUCUGACAGCGGCGCGGCGCGCGAUCGAUUGACGAAUUAAUUAAAAUUGCAUUUUUAAUUACGGAUUAUAACGCUCAAGUACUUUGUAAAUAUGAUAUUUUAAAAAUCAUGUGAUAAAAGCGACUCUAUGUACAGCUAAAAAGGCCAACCAACAAGCGACAAGGAAUGAAAAUAAAUAAAUAGCUCGUUAGUAUUU